AUGCCCAAAUCGCCCUUUCGCCGCAAGCCCGUCGCCCACGCUCCCUAUUCUCUCUUCCGCUACCUGUUCCCCAGGAGUCAGGCACGCGCGCGCCUUCACCUCUCCAAACUCCGCCACAAGACGCUCCCUUCACUCAAGCAAAGCGCCAAGUCCCGCAUCUACAAAUAUAUCGUCUACCGUCAGGCUGCCAAGGCCCAAGGGAAACAGAGUAUCGUCCAGCGCCUGCGAGGCUACACACGGAGGUUGAGCGGCCGAAGCUACCUUGAAGAUGCCGCAAGGUUGCGACGACAGCAGAUAGCCAAACGUCGCGGAAACACGGAAUCAGGCGAGAAGGCAAUGACAUACCAAGAGAGCUACGAGGCACGAGAGCCUGGGACACGGCGACGGAAGCUGGCUGGCUAUCUCAAGGCUGCAAAUGAACUCAGGCAGACAUAUACCCAGCAGUAUGCGUCCAACUGGAGCAGCAAGGAGGCGCAAUAUGACUACGAGGAUGACACACCAGGCGGCUUUCCAGAUGCAGCCGUUGUUAGAAGCGGCCGGGAGGAGAUGAUACUCUUCCCGAGCUAUGCUCGGAGACACAUAAAGAGGAAGCCCGAAGCACAGCCAGGCACUAUACAAGAAACCGAAGGCGAAGGGCGCGACGUUCGAGACUCGACCGGGGCCGGCGAUGCCGAAUUCUGGAAGCAGCAAUGGAACAACUACGAGGAUGACAACGCAGUCGUUGAUGUCGAUGUUCGUGGCUGGAUAUACUCGCCACAUAGGGGUCAGAUGUCACGGAAGCAGAGGCUUUUCAUUGGACUCGCACGGCAGCUUGUUGGUGUACAGGCGCCUGCUACGCCCUCCACGUCGUCUGCGGACAGUAGCCGGGAUACAAGCCCACAACGCCAUGGCUUUCGCGAACGAGCCCACUUGCGCGACGCUCAACAGGACGAAGCCAUCGCAGCCAAGGAAGCUGAGGAAAUUCUACGCAGGGGUGAGAGGGAGGCAAGGGCUGCGGCACGCGGCGCCUAUAGUGAAAAGCCUGCUAGGGACCUGGACGACACCCAGCUAUACCGAACCGAGAGCGGGAGCAGUAUGCGACCCAACAACGGCAGGACCCACCAGCUCGCCCACAGCACAUCUAAAGACUCAAUGAGAAGCGAGGCUAGUAUCAAGCCUUUGCAGAAGAGAGGGUCAUGGAACCAACCUUCUGAGAUGAGCCCGUCAGAACUUGCCGAAGCCAACGCUCGGCUGAUGGCUCGCCUGCGACACUUCCUUGCCAUACCAAUGGCCAAUACACCCAUCAGUGUCUUCUUCUACAAUGAGAAGAUAUCGAAACAGAGGACUGUGUACACCGACGCCGCAGGACAUUUUAGUAUGAGCGCGGCUCUAGACUUCGUACCCACCCAUGUUCGCAUCUUAGCAUCAGAUAAGCUCUCGGCAACGGAAGAAGUAAUCGUUACUGCCUCGCAGGGUAUCAGUGUCAUCAGUGACAUCGACGAUACGAUAAAGCACUCCGCUAUUGGUAGCGGCGCCCGUGAAAUCUUUCGCAACGUUUUCAUCCGCGAUCUCGUUGAUCUCACCAUCGACGGUGUCAGAGAGUGGUACAACAGGAUGGCAGAGCUGGGAGUCAAGUUCCACUAUGUCUCCAACUCUCCCUGGCAGUUGUAUCCUGUCAUAUCAAAAUAUUUCGAGCUAGCUGGAUUACCCCCUGGCUCAUUCCAUCUAAAGCAAUACAGUGGUAUGCUUCAGGGCAUAUUCGAGCCUGUGGCUGAGAGAAAGAAGGUUACUCUGGACAAGAUCGCAAGAGAUUUUCCAGAACGUAACUUCAUCUUGAUCGGAGAUAGUGGUGAGGCUGAUCUGGAGGUUUACACAGACUUCGUCCUAGAGAACCCAGGACGAGUCGUUGCCGUCUUCAUUCGUGAUGUUACCACAACGGAUAGCCCGGGCUUCUUCGACCCUUCCACUGGAUUUUCACCAGGCGAUCGCUCUUCGUCAUCGACCCAGCGCACCAGUGGUGGGAGCUCGGCUGCUUCGACUAAGGCUCGACCGCCGUCUGAAGAAACCGAUCCUGAAUUGAAAGCUGCUAUUGCAGCAUCAUUACGUGACAUGGAUGCGGACAACAACAACAAGCGUUCCAAGUCGAUGUUUCCGCAGAUUGAUAACGAGCAAAAGCCGAACUUGCCUCAAAGGAGGCCCUCUCCACAAAGCACAUUACUGCGAGGUCCUCCAGCCAAUCUGAUAGACCUAUCAUCCGACGAUGAAGUAAACGAUUCGCCUGCGCUAAGGAAAUUCAACACUGAAACCCAGGCUGACAACGAACGACAUCGUUCAUCGGUGGCAUCGAACGCAAGUAUGAAAUCUGCGCCUGCGCCUCCUAAGAAGCCAGUCGCGUUACGAAGCCCGUCGAGCGAGUCUACAUCUUUUAAUACCGUACCCUCCUCCAACUCACGGCCGCAGCCACCUAAACCCCGAAAGACCUCAACGGCAGUCAGCCAGUCCAGCCCGCUCGCACAGCAAGAUGGUGUCUCUAAAAGCGCAAACACUUCAGCACCUUCCAGACCUCCAGUGGGCCCCAAGCCAUCUAUGAGCUACCAGAGUCAAGCAUCACAAGAUCAGCAGUCAUACGCUGGCAUGGCUCGUGACAAGUUGUGGUCUGUCUACAGUAAUCUGCCCGCGUUACGAUCAACAGACGAGCCUGGCUCCAAUGCGUCCAGUUUAGACGUCACCGGUGUUCGUAAAGGCCCGCCUCCACCUCCACCUCGCCGCGGGAACCGCGAUACAGCUUCAAGCGCAGCAUCCUACGUAAGCUCCAAAGCAUCGACAGCGUGGCAACACGCCCCCUCUAUACCAUAUCACACUCGCCCUCAAGUCACGUCUGCGCAAACAUCUCAGCCCUUCUCUACUGCCGCGCCGCGGCAAGGUAUCAAUCGCACUAGCACCGGCAGUACGCUGGACGGUGCUGCGGGCGAACAGUAUGGUACGAAGAAGGAGCAGCUUUGGCGCCAGAGAUGGGCGCAUGCGGAACAAGUUCUCGGCGAGCAGGGUGUAAUACUUCGAGGAUGGAGGGUAGGAAGCGAUAUCAUGGCCGAGGCAGAGAGGAUAAUCAAAGAUUCAGAGAAGAAGUUCAAGCGAGAUGAGCAGAGAAGCGAAGGUAGUAAUGGGAAAGCAACCGAACGAAGAUAG